CCAGGCGCCUGGAUGGCUGUGAGGCUGGUGAACGGCACAGGCAGGUGCUCAGGCCGGGUGGAGGUUCUCAUCCAGGGCACGUGGGGAACCGUGUGUGAUGACCUCUGGGACCUGGCUGAGGCCACAGUGGUAUGCCGCCAGCUGCAGUGUGGCCGGGCCAUGGCGGCCCCCACAGGGGCCCAUUUUGGGGCAGGCUCCGGGAAGAUCCUGCUGGACGUCGUGCAGUGUGCCGGCGCUGAGAGCCACCUGGGGCAGUGCGUGCACAAGGGUGAGGCCGGGCUCAACUGCGGGCACCUGGAGGACGCUGGUGUUGUCUGCACAGGUGGUGAUGAUUCACCAGGCCCCACUCUAACCACAGAGCCUGAAAGUGCCACCUCUUCAUACACAUUGUCAGGUGAUGUACUGACAGCAGCCGUGCCCACCACAGAGCCUGCUACGCUUCCUGUGACAACAACUCCAGCAGGUGAUGGAUUAUUUGCAACCAUAGUCACAGCAGAGCCUGCAGCCCCACUAUCCACACCUACACCCCUGGCAGGAGAUUGGAUGGCCGUGAGACUGGUGAAUGGCACAGGGAGGUGCUCAGGCCGAGUGGAGGUUCUCAUCCAGGGCACAUGGGGAACCGUAUGUGAUGACCUCUGGGACCUGGCUGAGGCCACAGUGGUGUGUCGCCAGCUACAGUGUGGCCAGGCUGUGGCAGCCCCCACAGGGGCCCACUUUGGGGCAGGCCCUGGGAAGAUCCUGCUGGACGACGUGCAGUGUGUCGGCGCUGAGAGCCACCUGGGGCAGUGCAUGCACAGGGGUGAGGCUGGGCUCAACUGCGGGCACCUGGAGGAUGCCAGCGUUAUCUGCGCAGGUGCUGACUCCACAGCUGCUCUGCCUACAGCCUAUGAGAACCUGCUUCCCACAUCAUUGGUGAUAUCAGCAGCUCAACACCCACCUUCUUCUGCACCUCCAGGAGGCGGGGCCCCCGUGCGGCUGGUAGGUGGCCAUGGGAGGUGCGCAGGCCGUGUGGAACUCUUCUACCAGGGAGUCUGGGGGACUGUGUGUGAUGACCUCUGGGACCUGCCAGAAGCAAACAUCAUCUGCAGGCAGCUGGGGUGUGGCUGGGCCAUGUCAGCCCCAGGUGAGGCCCACUUUGGGGAAGGUUCUGGGAAGAUCCUCCUUGACAACGUGCACUGCAGGGGAGAUGAGCCGCGCCUGGAGGAGUGCUCCCACAUCGGCUGGUUUUCCCACAACUGUGGGCACGGAGAAGAUGCCGGCGUGAUCUGUUCAGAUGCUGAAUACUCAACCGUCUCACCCCUGGAUCGCCCACUGGCUGUCAUAGCAGGACCAAUGGCCACAGAAAAAUCUAGGUGUGGCAGAGUAAUUACCAACUCAUCUGGAGCGAUUAGGAAUCCCCCGCAGAACGAAAUGCAUGACAACAUAACCUGUGUGUGGGAAAUAAAGGCCAAUGCUUCUGAUCACAUACUGCUGGCAUUUCCAUAUCUUAACCUAGAUUGCACCAAUGAAUAUUUUGAAAUCCUGGACGGCCCUCCAUCCUCAACAAAGUCCCUGGGGAAAACCUGCUCUGGGUCUUACCUCACCUAUGCGUCCUCCUCCAGCUCAAUGACCCUCGUGUACUUCCGAAGCUUCAACAACAUAGGGAAAAACUUCGUUGCUUAUUAUUACUCUGCACCCAAAGAGGCGAGUUCAAGGACCCCACAUCUAAUCACAAUCCCAACAGCAACACCCAAGACAGUGACAGCAAGACCAGGAGACUGGCCAGAGCUGAGGCUGGUGGGCGGCUCGGGACGCUGCUCAGGACGUGUAGAGGUCCUCCACCAGGGGGCCUGGGGCACCGUGUGUGAUGACCUCUGGGACCUGAACGAAGCCGAGGUCGUGUGCCGACAGCUGAGGUGCGGACGGGCCGUGUCCGCCCUGGGGAAGGCCCACUUCGGCCCGGGCUCUGGAAACAUCUUCCUGGACAACCUGCAGUGUUCCGGGGUAGAGCGCUACCUGGGCCAGUGUGCCCACUCGGGCUGGUCGGAGCACAACUGUGGCCACCACGAGGACGCCAGCGUCAUCUGCUCAGAGGCUGAUGAGUCGCUCAUGGAGAGUCCAGGGGACUGGCCAGAGCUGAGGCUGGUGGGCGGCUCGGGACGCUGCUCAGGACGUGUGGAGGUCCUCCACCGGGGGGUCUGGGGCACCGUGUGUGAUGACCUCUGGGACCUGAACGAAGCCGAGGUCGUGUGCCGACAGCUGGGGUGCGGACGGGCCGUGUCCGCCCUGGGGAAGGCCCACUUCGGCCCGGGCUCUGGAAACAUCUUCCUGGACAACCUGCAGUGUUCCGGGGUAGAGCACUACCUGGGCCAGUGUGCCCACUCGGGCUGGUCGGAGCACAACUGUGGCCACCACGAGGACGCCAGCGUCAUCUGCUCAGACGCAGAAGAGCUGCCUCCCCCCACACCUCCAGGUCUUUCCACAGCUUCUCAGGAUCAUAUAACAGGAGGAAGUAGCUCCUGUGGAGGGGUCUUGUCGAGUCUGUCUGGCUCCUUCUCCAGUCCGCUGUACCCGGAAAGCUACCCGACAGACAUCCAGUGCGUCUGGGAGAUUCACGUGGACAAAAAAUUCCGCAUAGAACUCAUGAUUCCGACUUUGAACCUGGAGGAUAUCCUUGGAUGCCCCUACGACUCCAUUGAAAUCUUUGAUGGCCCCAGGAUUGCCUCACUGUCCAUGGGGAAGUUCUGUGCCUCGGUGGCUGUGAUAUUUUUCUCCUCCUCAGACAUCAUGACCGUGGUGUUCCGAAGUGAUUCUAUGAUCACCAACACUGGCUUUUAUGCUCUGUUCAAUGUAAUUCCACAGGGCGAAGGAAAAUCAGAAGAUGGACCCGAGCUGCAGCUGGUGGGCGGAUCUGGGCAGUGCUCCGGACGCGUGGAGGUCCUCCACCAGGGGAACUGGGGCACCAUAUGUGAUGACCUCUGGGACCUGAAUGAAGCCCAGGUGGUGUGCCGACAGCUGGGGUGCGGACGGGCCAUUGCAGCCCCUGGGAAGGCUCACUUCGGCCCAGGCUCCGGAAACAUCCUCCUGGAUAACAUCCAGUGUUCGGGAAGGGAGAACCACCUUGGCCAGUGCCUCAGCUCCGGCUGGUCAGACCACAACUGUGGCCACCAUGAGGACGCAGGUGUCAUCUGCUCAGAUGCUGGGGCCUGGGCUCCAGAUGUGAUCCCCACAUCUCCAGCUCCCAUCCCUCAAGGGCCUCCACCGCAAGGAGGAAGUAACUCUUGUGGAGGACUAAUUUCAGGCCUCUUGGGCUCCUUCUCCAGUCCUUGGUAUCCAACGAACUACCCCACUGACAUGGAGUGCAUCUGGGUGAUACGUGUGGCUGAGAAGUUCCACAUAGAACUGGUGAUCCCAAGCCUGAAAUUAGAGGACAUCUAUGGGUGCCCUUAUGACUUUAUGGAAGUGUUCGAUGGACAGCAAGUCGCCUCACUCUCCAUGGGCAGAUUUUGUGCUGGGACAGAGCUCUCGUUCCUCUCCUCUUCAAACAUCAUGACUGUGGUGUUCAGAAGUGAUGCCAUGAUCACCAACACAGGGUUUUAUGCUCUGUACAACGCCAUUCAGCAAGAUGAAAGGGAGAACGGUGCAUCCCUGAGACUGGUGAAUGGCAGCCACAGGUGUGAGGGCCGGGUGGAGGUCUUCUACAAUGGCACCUGGGGCACUCUGUGCGAUGACAGCUGGGACCUGACAGAUGUCAGGGUGGUAUGCCAGCAGCUUGGCUGUGGUGAGGCCUUAUCAGCCCCAGCUCAGAGCUACUUUGAUGGAGGCACUGGCCACAUCAUGCUAGACGACGUUCAGUGCACAGGGAACGAAGCCAAGGUGUGGCAGUGCACACACAACGGGUGGUUCUCCCACAACUGUGGGCACCAUGAGGAUGCCAGUGCCAUCUGCUCAGGUGUGGAUGGGAAUCCGAAAGUAGGACCAAAAGACUCCGCUGGUGAUGGUCCUGCUGCAGAUGAAAACUUCCACUGUGGCGGUUUGCUCACAAAUAAUUCGGGCUCCUUCUCCAGCCCUUGGUAUCCUAAGAAAUACCCUAUAAAUGUGGUGUGUGCCUGGGUCAUCCACGUGGACGCCAGGGCUCGUGUCAAGCUCACAUUUGAAGUGGUGAAGUUGGAGAACUUCUACGGCUGUCCGUACGACUUCGUUGAAGUCUUUGACGGCCCGCAGAGUGAAUCUUUUUCUCUGGGGAGGUUCUGUUCUGGUACAACCCCAACAUUCACCUCCUCCUCAAAUCGCUUGACGGUGGUCUUCCACAGUGACGCAAUCAUCACCAACAUGGGCUUUUAUGCAUCCUAUGAGUCCAUUGUGCAAGACGAGAUCAAUACUGAUUUGGCCCUCAGGCUGGCCGGCGGCAGCCACCGGUGCGAGGGCCGCGUGGAGCUGCACUACAAUGGCACUUGGGGGACAGUGUGUGAUGACAGCUGGGACCUGCGUGACGCCCAGGUGGUGUGUGGGCAGCUGUCCUGUGGCAGGGCGGUGUCGGCCCCCAGCAGGGCACAUUUCCGCCAAGGCUUGGGCCCCAUUGCCCUGGACGACGUGGAGUGUAGGGGGACAGAAGCCAGGCUGUGGCAGUGCCUGCACCGUGGCUGGUUCUCCCACAACUGUGGCCACCACGAAGAUGCCGGCGUCGUCUGCUCAGCCUCUCUGCCUCACUCAACACCAUCGGCUGAUACAAGUCACCCAAUUUCAGCAUCUUUCCCGGAGCCGACAGAAGUUCCCACGUCAGCAGAUUCUGCAGCUGCUGGGCGUCCAGGGAUCCCUUCUUCAGCUCCUGGGGAGCAGCCGCGUGUCUUCCAUCCAACAGCUGCAGAAGCUGUCCCAGAACCCACAGAAACAAAUCCUACAGCCGUUCCUGAUUCCACUGCUGCCACAGAUUUGGUCCUUGGAACUGGCAUAAUGUCUACUUUAGCGGAAGUGACUUCUUCACCUGAAUCUUCUACUAUUACUGUAACCACCUCAACAGAUUUAGUAGCAACCACUGUGACCUCCACACCAGAUACAUCUUCAUCCUCAGCAGAAGUGACCUCUCCCUCUGAUGUAUCUUCAACUUCAGCAGAAGUGGACACACCCUCUGGUAAUUUUGAGUCUUCUUUGUUUGCAGAUACAACUCCCACUCCAGGAGAAAAGGCCUCUUCACCAGCCGUAAAUCUGAUUUCAACAAAAGUGACACCAUCACCUGUUACAAUUUCAAUUGGCGAAGACAUGACCCCUUUACCUGACCUGCCCCUGCGCUUGGCGGAUGGGCGCAGCCGCUGCGAGGGCCGGGUUGAGAUCCGCCACGAGGGCGUGUGGGGCACAGUGUGCGACGACCACUGGGACAUCAGGGAUGCUCGUGUCGUGUGCCGGCUGCUGGGUUGCGGCCGAGCUCUCGCAGCCCCAGGGCGCGGUCGCUUCGGCCUGGGCUCGGGCCCCAUCCUGCUGGACGACAUGCGCUGCUCGGGCACCGAAGACGCACUGGACUACUGCGGCCACUCCGGCUGGGCGCAGCACAACUGCCGGCACCAGGAGGACGCGGGCGUGAUCUGCGCAGGUCCGGCUGCCUCUGCUGUACCCAAGGACAAGGCCCAGCUCUCCUGCCUGCCUCAUCUCUUCCGAGUCGCCAUUGACCGAGGCUAUCUCCGGAGGCUGGGCUACUCCUCUUGGGACAUCCACUUAAAUGAUGAGCUGUGCCGCCCCCAAGUCACCGGGCGCUACCUGAUCUUCAACAUCCCCUACGGUCGCUGUGGCACCGUCAGACAGGAAGGGCUCGGCUCCCUCAGCUACUCCAACUCCGUCAGAGGCCGAAUCCAGGGACACCCCGGCCGAGUCUUCAUGAGGCAUAGGGUACCUCAGCUCAAGUUCACCUGCAGGGUGGAUGGCCCGUCUGCAGCUGAAGUCACUCCUGGGGCUGAGGUCCCCAGGGAGAACGCUGGCUAUGACGUGUCCAUAUCCUUCCUUGAGUUGCCCACGUCCCAGCAUGUGAGGAACCUGGGGCCACACUACGCCAGCCCGAAGAAAGCGGUCUUCCUUCAGGCCACACUCCACAGCCCCAACCCCACCCUGAGGCUCUUCGUGGAUACCUGCGUGGCUUCUCCAGAUCCUCAUGACUUUACGACCGUCAAGUACGAUUUGAUCCGGCGAGGGUGCAUCAAAGACAAUACCUAUAUCAACCUGCACUCCCAACAGAAGAACACAGCCCAGUUCAAGUUCAACACCUUCAACUUUCUGAGCAACUAUGAUGUGGUCUACCUGCAGUGUGAGAUCGCUGUGUGCAAAGUGGGGGACCACUCCUCCCGCUGCUCCCAGGGCUGUGUAGAACGGAGUAAGAGAGAUGCAGGCCGUGUGGUGACCCCAGAAGAACAGACUGAGCAUUUCCAAGUGGUGGGGCCACUGGAAAUCCACAGAGGGACUGGUCGGAGUAAGACCCUUGUGUGAUUUCUUCACUUUUCGCACAAAUCUGUUAUUAGAAAGAAAAGCCUAUUUCCCUGAAUAAAGUGAUAAGUUUGACAAACCAGAAGCUGCCCAUGGAGCCACAGGUAAAAUAAACAGCUAAGGAGGUUCUCUCUGAGUUUCGAUGCUACAUAAACCUUCUCUGAUUGUUAAACUUGUAAGGCAGUCACUCUGUUUGCAGGCUAGAGAUGCUACAUCUUCUAAUUCUUCACUACCAAGAACUACAUAUGUUCUAAAGAACAGAGUUCUCUCUAUAUACCAAAUUGUCAAUUUAAAGAUUUUGUUAAAUUGACUCCUUAACGUUCAGAUGCUAGUAGAUGGAUUUUUUUUUUCUGUCCCUCGGGUGGUGUGAGAAUUUCUUUU